AGUAGGUAGCUGCAAAGUGCCAAAUUCUCCCUCUAAAACCCCUCUUAUCUUCUUCACAACAGAGGGAAAAAAAAAAACUUCCUUCCUCUUACCCAGUAUCCACAAUGAGAAAGAACCGACCCGUUUUAGUAUCCAUGGACAUUCCGAGUCUCGAAUUAUCCAACAGCACCUCUCAAACUCACCCACCACAACAAUGGCAAACCAAAUGGGUCGGUUCUACGGGUCAAAUUGGGUGCAAUUUUGGAUGCAUCUCGUUAUCGGAGAAUCUUGAUAAUAAUAAAGGGUUCAAUAAUCCUACAACAGCUCAGCUUAUAAAGCACCCAUUAGCUAUGGUAGCUUUGGUUCCAAGAGAUGCUGCUUUAUUUGCUGCUGGUGCUAUUGCUGGUGCUGCUGCUAAGACUGUUACUGCUCCCCUUGACCGUAUCAAGCUCCUCAUGCAGACACAUGGACUAAGAGCUGGACAAGAAGCUGCAAAGAAGGGAGUUGGAUUCAUUGAGGCAUUUGCAUUGAUUGGGAAGGAGGAAGGGAUCAAAGGAUACUGGAAAGGCAACCUUCCACAGGUGAUACGGAUCAUACCUUAUAGUGCAGUGCAGCUGUUUGCUUAUGAAAAUUACAAGAAACUAUUUCAAGGAAAGGAUGGGGAGCUUUCUGUCAUUGGAAGACUAGCAGCAGGUGCUUGUGCUGGCAUGACUUCGACUUUUGUAACCUACCCAUUAGAUGUCCUCAGAUUGAGAUUAGCAGUAGACCCUGGGUAUAAGACGAUGAGUGAGGUUGCUUUAAAAAUGCUGAAAGAGGAAGGCGUUGCAUCCUUUUAUAAUGGUCUUGGGCCCUCUCUUAUUGGAAUAGCACCAUAUAUCGCUGUGAACUUUUGUGUUUUUGACUUGGUGAAGAAAGCUUUGCCAGAGAAAUAUCAGAAACGAACUGAAGCAUCUCUGGUUACAGGUUUGAUUUCCGCAACUAUUGCCACGCUAAUGUGCUAUCCAUUGGACACAGUGAGAAGGCAAAUGCAAAUGAGGGGUACACCUUAUGUGACAAUUUUGGAUGCCUUCCCAGGUAUAGUGGCGCGUGAUGGUUUAGUUGGAUUAUACAGGGGGUUUGUUCCCAAUGCGCUGAAAACUCUCCCUAAUAGCAGCAUUAGGCUUACCACUUUUGACACUGUUAAGCGUUUGAUAGCGAGAAGUGAGAAAGAGCUCCAAAGAAUUAUGGAGGAAAACCGCGAGAGACAAAAGACAGAAUCCUAGCUACGUACUGCACCAUAUUGUAGAUGUUCUGAUUCUUUGAAGGUAAUUGAUCUCCUAAUUAAUAUUCAUGUCAUUUUGAAGCACUCGUUCGAUGAGCAAGAGAAUUGAGCUACCAGUAAUCUGGUUUAUUGACUGGAGCUCCAAUUUUGUAAAACCAGGUUUAGUUGCCAGAGUAGUUAGGUUGGCUUUUUUUAUGGUUGAUUAACUUCAUUCAUUUGUGUAUUGUUUGAAGUGACUCCUCCUUUUCACUUUGUAGUGGCAAAGAACUAUAAGGAGCUGAUCACUGAGUAUCUAUCAACAUUACUUUUUCUAUGACUACAGCUAUUGUGUUAUAAGGCCAA